AUGUAUUCGAUACUAAAUGAAACAGACUAUUCUACUACAGUCAAUGCUAGUGUAGUUGCCCAGUUUUUGUCGACCAACGACCGACAAUUGGUUACUGUAGGCGCUAAGCAUCUUCAAAUGUUCAGGUUGAAUCCGUUUGUGGAGCAGGAUGAAGAAAUUGAGCGUGCUACACGAUUGGAAUGCAUUUUCAGCACGAAUUUAAUGACUGCAGUGAAGUCGGUAGCUGUUACAAGGUAAGUGUUAAUAUAAAGUUAUUAUUACUGUUUAGGUUACCGUCCCAUCCUGAGUCCGACUCUUUGCUGCUUUCGUUUGAUGAUGCCAAGCUUUCUGUGGUGAAUUUUAAUGUGGCUACACAGUCUUUGAACACAAUAUCUCUACAUUCAUAUGAAGAUGAGAUUCUGAAAGAUGGAUUCACAAAAGUGGCUUCAACACCGAUUGUAAGAGUGGAUCCGUUGAAUAGAUGUGCGGCAAUGUUAAUAUAUGGAAGGCACUUGGCUAUAUUACCAUUUGUUGAAAAUACAUCAAAGCAUUUACUGAGUUACACGAUAUCUUUGAAGAGUUUGGAUGUAAAGCUGGAUAAUAUUAUUGACAUGGUGUUUCUACAUGGAUAUUACGAGCCAACGUUAUUGUUGGUAUACGAGCCGUUGAAAACGACUGCGGGAAGGUAUGGGAGAAUUUUUUAGUGUUGUUUUGUUUUUAAAAAACUUUAAUUGAAGGAAACCCUAUUUUAGGUAACGUUUUUGAAAAAAUUUCGAAACUUUCAAAAAUGUAACGUAUUUCAGAGCAGUGAUAAGAUACGACACAGUAAGUAUAUUGGCAGUGUCAUUAAAUCUGAAAGAUCAAGUUCAUGCAGUGGUUUGGAAUUUGGCUGGUCUACCUACAACAAUAUCAAGUGCAGUGUCUGUGCCUCAACCAGUUGGUGGUGUUUGUUUGUUUGGAGCGAAUGAAAUUAUUUACCUGAAUCAGUCUGUGCCGCCAUGUGGAAUAUCUUUGAAUUCGAAUGCUGAUGAGUUCUGCCGGUUUCCGUUGAGCGAUAUGAAGUCGAUGAAGUUGACGUUGGAUGCUUGUUCGGCUAGUAUGAUCAGUGCUUCUGAAGUGUUGGUUGUGUCACGAUUGGGGAAGAUGUUCUAUUUGAAGUUGGAUAUUGACAUUUCGAAUGCUGUGAGGAGUGUUACUUUUGAACAUGUACACGGUUGGUUUUUUAAAAUAAAAAAAUAUUUUGAAAGAUGAAAUAGUAAAUUUAAACUUAAAAUACAUGAAACACUGGUUAACUAAUACUAACUAAAAUAUUUUAUACUUCUGUUAAUACUAUUUUCUUUCAGAUGUUUCAAUUCCUCAUUGCUUGACUUUAUGGGAGGAAGGAAUAUUGUUUUUGGGAUCAAGGGCUGGCAAUUCUGAACUACUACAAUAUACUCGAGAAAGAGUCACUGAAAAUGGAGAUGGACCGGCUUUGAAGUUGGCCAAAGUUGAUGAUACUGCUGAUGAUGACUUCUUAUAUGUUGGGGAUGAAAUUGAUGACACUAAGGUAUGCUUACUUUGUUUUUUGAAUAUUUUAGGUAACAAUCUUGCUUUUUGGAAACAAUGUUAGUAUUUCUGUAGAUUUUUUGAUGCUUUACUUUAAUGUAGGCAAGGUCUUUGUUUUUUUAAUAUUGUAGUAGUUUUAAAAGAGGUAUUUUGAUAUUUUCAGAACAUGGAAGUGGUAGAAGACGUGAAACUGAAGCUAAAAGUGAAAAUACUGGACAAGUUGUUGAAUGUUGGACCUUGUAAAGCAAUCCGAUCUUGUAAUGCUAAUGGAAUAUCAAAUGAAUUCAGAGAAAACUCGAGGGAUCUGUUGUUUGAUUUGGUAACAAUAUCCGGAUACGAUCACAACUCAGCUUUGUGCUUUUUUCAACGUUCUGUUAGACCUGUAGUUAAGAAUACAUUACCGUGAGUUUGUUUUUGUACAAUGAUAGGUUUUAUUUACAUAAUUUAUUAAAUAUUUUUUACAAAUUGCAUAUUUGUAAAAUAAAAAAAAAGCUUUUUAGUUUAAACACAGAAGCCUCACAAUGUUGGACGAUUGGUCGAAAACCGGAUGGAUCUAAAAAGUACCUGAUUGUUUCAAACAGUUCAACAACAACAGUUCACGAAGUAUUUGAAGAUGAUAUCAACGUAUAUGAAACAAGUUCCUUCACAACCAAAGAGAACACAAUCAAUGUUGGUGAACUUCAAGAUGGUCAUGUCUGUGUUCAAGUGUGUCCAAACAGUAUUAUAGUUGUCGGCCGAACUCAAGGAGAUGAAGAAGAUGAACAAUUCGAAUAUGUAAAAUUAGAUUCUAACUUUCCAGUAGCGUCAGCAUCAAUUGUAGACCCAUAUAUACUCCUACUGACUCAAAAUGGAAAGUUGUUGAUGUACAAGUACAAAAAAGAGGAGAAGAAGUUGGAGGCAAUUAAUGUCAACUUCAUGGAGCAAAAAGAAAGCAGUGCUAUAACAUCAGCAUGUGUUUACAAGGACAAAAGUGGACUGUUCAGGUUAUCAGAAGGCGGCGAAGGAUACACGGAUCAUCGUGAAGAAGAAGACGAUGCAAAUGAGGCUGGCAAAGCCAUUGACGAUGAUAUUGAUGAUGAAGAUGCUCUAUUGUAUGGGGAGUCGGCUGUUGUUGAGCAGAUUAAAGGUAAGAAUAGGUUUGACGUAAUAAAAAAUUUAAAACGUUAAGUUACUAUGUGUACCUAAUUUUAAUUUUUUAGCCAAGAAAAGAAAGCAUUCAGAAGUCAAAGAAGCUCCAGAACUAUCAUUCACUUUUUCCGUGCAGGACCCAAAAACCAUACCUACAACGUACUGGAUAACAAUAGUCCACGAGAAUGGUCACAUGUUCAUCUACAACUUGGAGACUAUGGAACAAGCGUAUUUCAUUAAAAAGCUGAACAACCUGCCAGAACUUUUAAGUCAUGAUCAAUAUCAGAAUGAGGAAGAAGCCCCAUUAUAUACGGAUUCCUACUUUCAAGCUCAAGAAGGUCAACUGCACACUGAUAACGUGGCCAUAAAGCCGGAAGAAGUUGUGAUGGAAAUACAAUUUAAUGGGCUUGGAUACAAUCAAGGUCGACCGGUAAUGUCGCUGCUUAUUGAUGAUACUGUGGUGUUUUAUGAAGUGUUUCAAUAUGAUGAGGGGAUAAAAGGUAAGAGUUUGGGUUAUUGUGGGUGAGGUUAUAAGGUUUUCUAAUAAACUAAUAAAGUUUUGAAGAUUUUUAAAAAUUGAGUUUUUUUGGUUCUAAAAUGGCUUUUUAAGGUAUUAAAACUUGAGGUUUAUAAGCAUUUUUACUUCUACAAGUUUUGAUAUUAUUUAAUUAAAAGGCUGCUCGUUUAGGUAGACUGGCUAUAAGACUCAAAAAGAUACCUCAUAGUGUUGUGGUACGUUCGACCAAGUUUGUGGGACAAAGUGGACGAAAUCCGGUGGAAACUGGCCGAGAAAUGGAUCAACAACAAACUUUUACCUCAUUUUACGACAAAAUUGGGGAGCUGGUAAGUUUUGACACAAUUUUUUAAACUUUUGUUUUUUUUUGGAUUUGGAAAGAUAGUUAUUGCAAUUUCAAGUUUCUUAGUCGUUUUAAAUAUUUGUAAAGAAAGUUUUUGUACUUUUUUUGUGUUUAAAUCCGAUUUUUCUAGAAAAAUGGAUUAUUCAUAAACGGAUCUUACCCAUCUUUGCUGGUAUUUGCGGCAGGUCGAUGGUAUCUUCACCCAAUGACUAUCGAUGGAUUCAUUUUGUCAUUAUGCACUUUUAAUUCGGAAAAUGCACCAAAUGGUUUUGCUUACAUCGCAGCCAAUGGCACUGACAAAAAUUUGAGGAUAGUCACAUUACAGGUACGGUUUUAGGGGUUUUUACUGUAGUUUAUUAUAUAAUGACUUUUUUUAUAUUUUAUUAUAUGACUUCACUUUUGAGUUUUGGGCAGUAUUUGCCAAGGUUUAUGUUUUAUUUGUUGUAUGCAUAAGAAUCUGAUUUAUUUUCUACAGAACGACUUCAACUACGACGUUUCAUACCCGGUGAGAAAGGUGGAUUUCGAAGAGAACGUCAGCCAUUGUGUAUACCUAAUGAAUUGGGAUGUGUUCGCUGUGAUAACAUCAGUAGGCGAACACAAUACCAAGGUCAUAUCAGUACUCAACGAAGAUAAACAUGUGGAAGAGUACGAGAGAGACGAACAAUGUAUCAUACCAGAGCUACCCAAAUACAAGUUACAAUUGUUCUCGACUGAGGACUGGAAAUUUGUUCCGAAUAGUUUGGUCGAAUUUCAAGAAUUCGAAGUUGUGACAUGUGCUGAAGAAGUGCUACUGGCUUCGGAGAGUACGGUGUGGGGAGUGCAGAGUUAUUUGGCAUUGGGGACGGCUAUCAACUAUGGAGAGGAGGUAAAAUACGAUUUUUGUGUUUGUUAUUGAUAACAUACAGAAUUUAGAGCACUGCUUCUAUUAGGUUGUUCAAUUAGUUCUGUGCUCCUUUUCAAAGCAAACUUUUGGUGUUAGGGGCACACAAUUAUUUGAACAACUUAAUAUUACUGUAGAUUUGUAGACAAUACUAUUCUGGGUAUAUUUUGUGAUGAUGACAUUUUAGCUGUAUGUUAUAAUAAUAUUGCUUUAGGUAUAUGUAAGAGGACGAAUCCUGAUUUUCGAAAUGAUUGAAGUUGUCCCAGAAGAGGGUCUGCCAACUACAAGGCACAAACUGAAAAUGGUGUACGAUAAGGAACAGAAAGGGCCAGUUACUAGUAUGUGUCAUUGUAAUGGCUUCUUGUUAACUGGAAUGGGCCAGAAGGUAAGGAAUUUUUAGUUUUUACAUUAUUGUAAGAGCUGAGGUUUGGGUAAUAUGUACGAUCGGUAGACGACCUUAUUUUUUACAUGCAACGUUUGUUUUUUCUUAUGAUUUUGGGCAUCCUGUUAGUCUUGAUUCUAAUAUUAUACUGCAUAUUAGCACAAUAUUACAAUUAAAAAGCCUCUUAUUAUACCUUUCAUUUCAGAUCUUUAUCUGGCAAUUCAAAGACGGCAUGCUGAACGGAGUGUCAUUCUUGGAUAUGCACUUUUACAUUCACAGUCUGGUCGGCUUCGGAUCGUUGGCUUUAACUUGUGAUUUGUUCGAAUCCUUAUCUUUAGUUCAAUAUCAAAAAGACUUCAAAGCAUUAUCAUUAGUGGGACGAGACUUGAGAUCCAAUGCUUCAUCCCCAAUGGCAGCUCAGUUCAUGUUGGACAGAACAAAAAUGGCAUUUGUUUUAGCUGAUGACAUGGGUAACGUACUGGUGUUCAAUCAUUUACCAGAGACAAACGAGAGUAACGGAGGAGAGAAGCUGAUUCUGAAGGCAGCUUUGAACAUUGGAACGACGGCUACUGGUUUUGUUAGGGUUAAAGGUAAGGGGUUGAUUGGGAAUUGGCUUAAAAUGGCUGUUGAAACGCUAAUUUACGUUGUUUUAGGUCACAUUGGAGAGCCCUUCCUUGACAACGACACCACAAGAGAAACCCACACCUGUAUCUUUGCCACUCUCGAUGGAUCCUUUGGUUAUAUACGUCCGAUUCAAGAAAAGGUCUUCAGAAGGCUUCAGAUGUUGCAACAAAUCAUGUCCACGCAUGUUCCACAGCCGGCUGGCCUAAACCCAAAAGGAUCUCUCGCUCUGAAACCUCUACGAACUCACAACCAAAUGAUAGGACUGGCCAGGUUAAUCAUCGAUGCCAACUUGGUAUUCCAAUACCAACAUCUGAGUCAACAGGAGAAGGCCGACUUUGCCAAAAACGUUGGAUCCAGCCGGUUUCAAAUCAUGGAUGACAUAACUGAACUCAAACGAACAGUCUCUCACUUUUAA